AUGGAAGUGCUUGCGGUAAGAGGAGUUGAGACAUUGGGUGGAAUCAUUAUUUGUUUCUCUACUUUUAUUAUUUUUUCUACAGUACGCAAACAUUGCAAUAUUCCAUUCUUCCUCAUUGCAUUUUCAUACGCAGACUUCUUGACUGGUUUAGUACUAACGUUCUAUGGUCUGAAAGGUAGUGAGAGCAGCACUGAUUCUAAGAUAUCCACAUUUGAAAGUUCCACCAACUUCAGUGAUGAUUUCCUUGAUAACUUACAAGUGUUCAUGACAAUUUCGUUUGCUGUUAGCAGACUAUGGUUAGCGAUUUUCCCUUCUUCCCACACAAAGGGUCCUAAGAAGUUCAGUGAGCUCUCCAUCUUUUCCUUUAUUCUCUUCGUAUGCAUAUGCUUGACAUUUCUGGUUAGGGCUUACUUCAGCGAGAUUUUGUUCAUGAUCCAUGAUUACUACUUCGAAGAGUCUCAGACCAAGAAAAUGGUCAAAAUAUGGAUAGUGAAAACAAAAUAUUUCGCUGCCAUCAUAGCUUUCACUGUAUCUUGUCUCACCUGGGUACUUCUGUUCAUUAGAAUGACUAAACCUAGUUGGUCUUACAAUGUUCUGAGAAGUGGAAACAAUCAUCUAUCUCUUUCUCUUUUAUGUCUGGGUCGUUCUUUCUUCUUUGUUGCCUCUGAAGCUGUAUCGUUAGAGUUCCUCAUGGAGGAUUACACUCUACGCUUAGUAAUGAGCCGAAUUUUUUAUUUGUCGUCAUCAACUUUGCUAUCCCUCGUUUGUUUAGUUCUGUUCUUCCCUACUUUCCUAAAGCAUCUUACGGAGAAGUACGUGGUGAACGCGAAUGUUCCUACCAUCCAAAUCUCAGCCGAAGCUACAGCUUCCGGAAAAAAAAUGCAAGAAUCCACCAGUGAAGUAUGGUCAACGGGUACAUAUUGUAUUGGACAGCUGGACUUUGAGCAUCACGAAACAAGAGCUGAACGAGAACGAAGUGUUUCAUUCUACCGAGAAGUUCGUGGGGAAAACGACAUCUUAUUCCAAAAACUCAAAGUCGCACAACAGCAACGUGAAGUCGAAAAAGAGAAACGGAAGAUUAGCAGAAGAGAACGCAAUUCCAAUUUGUUAGUUGUGCCAAAGGGAUAA